AUGGCGUACAGUAUCGAAGCAUCGUCACCAAGGGAGAACGACUGACUGCACCAGCCAGUAUUGGUUGGACCUACUGGCAACAUGGAGGAAUGGACCAAAGCCGCCAGCGUCGCCGUGGGCACCCUCAUGAUGUUCUCCCUUGGAUCUGCCUACGCGAUCUCAGCAUGGAACAGCCAAAUGAAGGAUACGCUGCAGAUGUCUCAAGGCGAGAUCGCAUCCGUCGCCGCAAGCUUCACGUUUGGCCAGUACAAUUCCAUCUGGGCUGGCUUCUUCUACGAUCGGUUUGGAAUGCGAUGGACAUCCUUGGCGUCGGCGACGCUGCUUGCGACGUUUUACUGGUUGGCGGCGCUCCUCAGCGCGUCGCCAUCGGCCCCCCAUUCGGCCAUGUCGGCAUGCUUUGUCUUCAUUGGACUCGGCCAUGCAUUUCCUGCCGUCGCUUCGAUGGCUGCCAACGAAGGGGUAUACGGCCAAGCUCACCGAGGCAAGAUCAUGGGGCUCUUAGUGAGCAGCUACAGCGGUGGCGGUGCGGCCUUUGCCUUCAUCUACCACGCCUGGUUUGACCAGCACGUCGGCGACUUCUUCACGUUUAUGGGAUGGACGCUCUCAUCAUUAUCUGUGUUGGGCGCUGUCUUUCUCCAAGGCAGCCCCCACCAUUCUAGUGUUCUGCAAGACGAGGACGAAGAGACUCCGCUAGAACAAAAGGGCAAACUCGAACACAACAUCACGUUGUGGCCGUUGCUCCAGACCGCCCAGUUUUGGCAUUUGUUUGUGGUCGUGCUGGUCGGUGUGGGUAGUCCGCUGUUUGUGAUGAACAACUUGAGCUUCCUGGUGGAAUCCUACGGCGGAGACGCGGCGCACGUCCCGACGUUGGUGCAGCUCUUCUCCUUGUUCAACCUCGUGGGCCGGUUCGCCAUGGGAGCUAUCUCUGAUGCGUGGCUACCCACUGUCCCUCGAACGCACUUCCUGACUGCCAGUGUCGUGUUGGUGGGACUCGUCCAGCUGUCGUUCGUAGUGUGUCCUGUCGAGUACUUGGUUGUGCCUGUGGUGCUCACUGGGGUUGGCGAAGGCUGCGUCUUUGGGUUGUUUCCUGUGCUCACGCGGGAACUGUUUGGGCCUCGGCACUUUGGCAAGAACUAUGGCCUAGUGAGUUUGGCCAAUACAGUGGGGUUUCCGUUGGUGCUGGGUCCGCUGUCGUCUGCGCUGUACCGCUGGCAACUCGCGCCUGGCACGGAAAAGUGUUUUGGAAGCAGCUGCUUCACGUCCAUGUUUUUGUUCACAGCGGGACUUAGUCUAGUGGCCACGUUUAGUUCUACCCGUUUGCAUUAGGCCCGCCAACGCUACUAUUGCGAAAGAACGUAGGGAAAUAAUACCAUUCCAGUGUUGCCAUGAGGGAGUGCCACGUCAUGUAACGUUAACGUCAGUGCCUAUCCGG